ACUAACAGUAAGCAGGCAAUUGCAAGAGACUAUCGGUAAGAGACCGUUCCCUCGUCAUUCUAACCUCGGCAGUCUAACUAUAUAUGUAGCCUUCAAACAUUGCCCCGCGUACUUCCCCGCUCCCUUCUUGCCCCUUCAACACAUCGACAUCCCAAACCCAUUCACUGGCACUAUGACCACAACCACCAAACUGGGCCACGACCCAGCUAACUACUGGACCUACGAUGGCGAAACAGGCACCAUAGACCUCACGCGAGGGACAGGGGAUUCCACGCAGCAUGUCACCCUCCAAACGACAACGAACCCCAUCCGAGUCAACCCAGCCACGACCGCGCUCGUCAUAAUCGACAUGCAGAACUACUUCCUGUCGCCCGCGCUGCGACCCCCCACCGACGGGGCCACCACGCUCAGUGCCGGUCAACGCGCCGCGGCGAACCUCCUCGGGAGCGCAAUCCCGGGAGCGCGCGCGCACGGCAUCCCCGUCGUGUGGCUCAACUGGGGCCUCUCGGAGGAGGAUCUUCGGACGAUGCCACCUGCUAUCGUGCGUACGAUGGGGCGGUAUAAUGCGGGCGCUACGUCCUCUAAUGCGAGCGACAUGGUUCGGACGAAAGACCCCGCCGUGUAUCGCGGACUGGGGGAGGACCUGGGGAGCGUGCCACUGGAGGAUGGCACAGUCGUCGAAGGGGGGAGGAUCCUCAUGGAGGACACAUGGAACGCAGGGCUAUAUGGAGAGCUGGACGAGGAGUACCGUCGACAUGCGGGUGACUCGCGUGACGCCGACGUGGUAGUCAACAAGGACCGUAUGUCCGGGCUCUGGGGGAGCGGGACACAGCUUGAGCGACAUCUUCUUGAACGGGGUAUUACGACGUUGUUGUUUGCGGGGGUCAAUACCGACCAGUGCGUGGGGUCUACGCUGACGGAUGCGUUCAGCAAGGGGUAUGACUGUGUGCUUUUGCGGGAUGGGACGGCGACAACGUCGCCUGCUGCGGCGAGUGAGGCGUGGGAGUAUAAUUGUACGAAUAGCUGGGGGUUUGUGAUGACUUGCGAGGCGUUGAAUGCAUGACUAUAACCACAAGACCCGUAGUGGGUUACAUGACA